CAACCUCGCUGUCUAUCUACUGCUUCUUACGCCCUCCUACUUCUCCCCUCCCUCUGUGCCCUUUGGGACGUCCUUCGUCCUUGUCCCCAUAUUCUUUUUCGACUACUUCCUCUCACGCUUGAAGAGCUCUCGGGCCAUUUCUCUUCAAGCUGCUCGAGAUUUCCUCGGGACAUGCAGGGCUGAUCCAAUGCCACGAUGUCUGCCAUCUCAUGCCUCCUCCCAAUAGGUACCAGAACUCGACCGACCUGCGACUUCUCCCCUCGCAGCGGUUGGAUACGAGUCUCCCCUCCCGUCACACUUCGAUGUCAAACUCCGAACCGUUCUCCUACAAUGCCUCCUUCAGACGACUCAGUUCCAGACGUGCCCGCCCUACCGCGGCGUCGUUAGCAGACCUUUUUGUCAGCUCCCUGGUCAUGGCAGGCUACUGCCAUGAGCACACCCCUCGCGCUAGGGGGAUCUCUACGAUUUCCAUGAAGAAUCCAGGGAACAACGUCGCUCGAUGGCAGGAUCGGGGGUUGACACAUCGCAGGCAAUUGUCGUCGAAACAUCGCCUGGACUGUCUAGGCACAUCGACAGGGAGUCUGCAUCGUUCAAGUGCACAACGGAUGAUUAAUUCUGGUGUUGCGUUGAGAAUAGAGGAUGAGGAUGGUGAAGGGAACUGCUAUGCGAACAGCCCGUCAGCGAAAUCUUCAUUUGAAGAUCGCUACCUUGGCGCGGGUACAAAAUCAACAUUACAGUCACAUGGAGGAUUACGAGAGAUGGAUCUGGAGAAGUUGAACAGCGAGCUACCAACGGCAGACACAGGAUCAACUAGCGAAGAUAAUUCAACUGCGAACGACAAAGCCCCUGAUGAUGACAAGGUUGGCCGUUUACCGGAUUUGUCGAGCAAGUCGGAGAAAUAUCGCCAUCACAAAAGAACGAGUCCAAGCAGGAAAGCAUACACAUCGACCUCACAGUUAUAUCGAGCUGCCUUUGGUAGUUCACUCAAUUGGAAACAGGCAGUUGAUCUUGUUGCGAACGAGACACAGAAGGGACCGCCCUCAAACGAGGUAUUUCCGACGGUAGACAAAUCGCGGGACGCUUUGGAAUACAAAACGGUUGAGGUAUUCUUGGAUGCUAUGUGGAAUGAGAGGAUUUCAAACCAUUACGUGUUUCGACUCUACCGAGAUCUUCCCUCCCCCGGGGUUGCUUACCUGUCCAAACGCUCCAGAGGAGCACUCCUACGUCGGUUCGCCGAUCCUCCAGAUCGUCGUUGGGUGGAUGCUCGUCGCUACCUUGCGUUGAUAGAAGACAUGGUCGCUGCGAAGCUUCCCAUAUCCCGCUCGCUCUGGAGUUCCGCUAUACACCUUGCAGGACGAGCGUCUGGGAAAGUACGCAAGCAAGAUGUGGUGAGGGCCAUUGGACUAUGGAAACAGAUGGAAUAUCUGGCGCGUGUUAAAUCUGAUGACGUCGUGUUCACCAUUCUCUUCGAUAUUGCCAUCAAAGCGAAUCAGUUUACCGUCGCGGAACGACUAUUGGAGGAAAUGAAGAAGCGUAACAUUGAGUUCCGGCGCUUCGGAAAGGUCUCCAAGCUCUACUAUUGUGGUAUGCAAGAGGAUGUUGCUGGCAUCCAAGAGACAUUCAAUGAAUUUGUAUCAAGUGGUGAGAUUGUUGACACGGUUGUAAUGAAUUGCCUAAUGGCGUCAUUUAUUCGUGCCGGAGAUGUGGACUCAGCGAAGCAGAUAUAUACGGAGAUGCUUGAGGCCCAAGCAAAGUCUCAGGAGACAGGGGAACUAAGCAUCGAGUCGAAGCAUUCAAAAACACCGCAUCUCACAUCGGAGAUGAAUCUCUAUCGGAGCAGAGUGAAGAAGCUGGGUCGAGUCCUGCAAGAAUCCACCUCACUGAAAGAGAUCAUGCCUGAACACCAUCGUGCGCUUCAGCAAUCACUUCACGCAAUCCCUGACACUCGAACAUUCCACAUAUUUCUUUCAUUGCACGCUUACAAAACCGCUGACAUUCAUGGUUUCAUGUCUGUCCUUGCAGACAUGGAGAAAGUGUUUGUGGUUCCGCCGCGUGGUAUGAUAUACCUCCUGCUUUUUGACGGAUUCGCUCGCAACGGGCGAAACAAGAAGGGCUGGACCGCCGAACGGCUACGUGUAGCUUGGAAAACCUAUCUGCGUGCUCUCUACGAGUCGAGGACGAGACUCAUCGAAAUGUACCGCAGCCAAAGUGGAAAGCAGAUCACAGAGAUCCCGGUGUUGAAGGCCCCCGCUGCCAUGGAGAUAGGCUGGCCAACCAUUUCGCGAAAGCCAAGCGGAUUGUACACUCCAUUGCCUUUUGCUGGCACCGCUGCCAAGGAGUGGGGUGAGGCCCAGAACGAGGAACAGAAGGUGAUGGGCCAGUUCGACGAGCGCAAAUGUGUCUCCCAUGCCAAUGAAAGCAUGACUGCUCUCGAAGAAGAUAUUGAUGUUGACGAAUUGUUUCGACAGCAAGCUCAGGACCUGCAAAAUGAGCUGCAAAAUGAGCCGCAAGAUUCGGAAGAAAUCGAACGCCGGAUAGAGAAUGGCGUCUUUCUUGGCCGUCGAAUGAUCAUCAUUAUUCUCCGCGCGUUCGGUGCAUGCUGCGGGCCAGAGGAGCUUAUGAAGGUCUGGCUGCAGAUUAUACGAAUCUGGCAGCCGGAGAAGCGCAAGGCGCUGGACGUCCUGGCUGCCAAGGAAGAACUAGAGAGGCAGAUGAACCGACUCCAAAGGCAGUAUUAGCCAGUGAUGGAGGGUUAGAUGUGGGACGGUGAUGCAUGUACAUUAUAGACCUGUUAUAGUAGUAUAUACCCUCAGGUUGGAGCCUGAUAGCGGUUUUUCAACGGCAACAGCUAAAGGCUGUCGCUUGUUAUCCUGUACAGCGAACAAGCUUGUGUGUUAUUAGUUUUUUUUCUCAAAUGAUAUCAUCAAUAAUGGAUUCAAG